AUGAAAAACACUAAGCUCAUUGUGGUAAGCAAUAGGCUCCCACUGAAAGCAAAAAAAGAAGAGGGAAAGUACACAUACACAAAAACAUCAGGAGGCCUUGUAACAGGGCUCAGCGGCGCGCAGGACUCUCUCAACUUCACAUGGAUGGGCACUUUGGAGGGCGUGGAGCCUGCAGACCAGGAGACAGUGAAAAAAGAGUGCAUAGAAAUGUACAACUAUCACCCAAUCUUUAUAGAGGAUGGUUUGUACGACAAAUACUACAACAAUCUGUGCAAUGGAAUGCUGUGGCCUAUUCUCCACUCUUUCUCAGACCUGGCGUCUUUCAGUGCGGAGGACUAUAUCGCGUAUAAAAAAGUAAAUGCACAAUUUGCAGAAGAAAUAGCUAAAACACUGAAUGAUGGAGAUAUGGUCUGGGUGCACGACUACCACCUGAUGCUCCUUCCUGAGAUGAUUAGGAAAAGAGUGUCUAGUGGAAAGAUCAAAAUAGGAUACUUCCUCCACAUUCCAUUCCCGAGCUACAGCAUACUCAAAGGAUCGCCCAUCCUCUAUCCGCUGAUCAGAGGAAUACUUGGCUCUGAUCUGGUGGCUUUCCACACAUUCGAGUAUCUUUCCAAUUUUGCAAAUGCCUGCGAGAUAUGCCCAAUAGAAGAGUCAGAGUCUCCGCUAAGCAUAAAAAUAGAUGGAAGGUCUGUCAAGCUGGAAGCCCUCCCCAUAGGAAUCGAUCCCCUUGCCUUCCAAACAGAGUCAAUGAAGAAAAUGACGAAAGACAGAGGAAGACAGCUGAAGGAGAGAUUUGGGAAUAAAAAAAUAAUUCUUGGAAUUGACAGGGUGGACUACAUCAAAGGAAUCCCGCACAGAAUAAAGGCUUUUUCUAAGCUGCUGGAAGAUAAUCCAGAGUUAUCUAAGAAAGUGGUAUUUUGCCAGGUAGGUGUUCCCAGUCGGACAGACGUCACAGCAUAUGCCACUCUUUCGGAUGUUCUCUGCAGACUCAGCGGAUCUCUUAACUCAUCCGGCAGAAUUGAGGAUACAUCGGUGUAUUUUAUAAAUAACACGAUCUCAUUUAUGGAGCUGUGUGCGCUCUACUCUGUCUCUGAUGUGUGUGCUAUUUCUUCAUUGAGAGACGGGAUGAACCUUGUUGCGCUGGAGUUUGUAGCGUGCAUGGGGAGCGGAGUGCUUGUGAUGAGUGACUAUGCAGGAGCAGCUGGAAUGCUGACGCGUUCUGUCUAUGCCAACCCCUGGGACAUAAGAGAGCUGUCAGAAGCGUACAAAAUCGCGCUGGAAAUGCCAGAGGAUGAUAGAAUAUCACGAAAAACAGAGAUGCAGAAGAUAGUAUCAGCCUUCACAGCAGAACACUGGGCGAACAGGUUUAUAUCCAUACUAUCAAAAGAAUAA